CCUGUGGGUGUGGCACACUUAGCAUUAGCUUAGCUAGCAACGGAGAAGCGGCGUCGCUAAUGUUCCUUUCUCAACCCAGAAAAAACAGCUCAGCGUAUCUGACGUACAUUCCCAUAGCUGCACAUUGCAGCUGUGAUGCUGUGUCAGAAUGGGAAAUCUUUUUGGGAAAAAGAAACAGAGUCGAGUGACGGAACAAGACAAGGCUAUAUUGCAACUGAAGCAGCAACGAGAUAAACUGAGGCAGUACCAAAAGAAGAUCAACCUGCAGCUGGAGAAGGAAAGACUUUUAGCCAAGAAGCUGCUCAAAGAUGGCAAGAAGGAGAAAGCGCUCCUCUUGCUGAAGAAGAAACGCUAUCAGGAUCAGCUGCUGGACAAGACCGAGAACCAGAUCAGCAACCUGGAGCGUUUGGUUCAGGACCUGGAGUUUGCCCAGAUUGAGAAGAAGGUCAUCGACGGCCUCAAAGUUGGAAACGAGUGUCUGAAGAAGAUGCACCAGGUCAUGUCCAUCGAGGACGUGGAGCGCAUUUUGGAUGAAACGCAGGAAGCCGUCGAGUACCAGAGGCAAAUCGAUGACAUGCUGGCUGGUUCCUUGUCCCAAGAAGACCAAGAUGCUGUCCUGGCCGAGCUGGAGGCCAUCAUUCAGGAAGAGGUGGAGCUUCCUGACGUUCCCGCCCAUGAACUUCCUGAGGUGGAAGAGACGAAAGCAGCAGGGGAUCGUCCCAGGAAGAAGGCGGAGCUCUUGGCGGCGUGAGAGGACGGCGGGCAGACACCAGCUGACCUGCCCGUCCUCUAAGCUGCAGCAGGAAGUAGAGCAGCACGGUGACUUCCUGUUGAGGUGGAAGCAAACACCUAAAAGAGGCCUUAUCGUAAUUAACAUGAUGGUUUAUAAAAGUCGUGUUCACAUGCACCUUCAGCUUCUUUUCUGACCCCCCCCCCCCCCCCCGACCCCCCUCCUGGAUGAUUGUCUCCUUCAUGUACUCCUUUCAUCUAAAUAACUCCAUUCUUUUUUAUUUUUUUUUAGAUAACUGUUCUUUUUUUUUUUUUUUACAAUAAACUUCGUUGGACGUCC